ACCUCUCCCUCUCUCAAUUCCAUCCCACAGGAGUAAACAUUCCGCAGACUGAGAAAUUCCUGUGUUUGAGAUUAAGUGCAAGUAUUUGGAAAAACAUAGAAACUUUCAUUUCCAAUCAUUUCCAAACAUCACGGCAAGUCAAAACUGUUUUUGGAUGAGUGUGAGAGAGAGAGAGAGAGAGAGAGAGAGAGAAAGAGAGAGAAAAACAGUAUCUGGAAAGGUGGAGUUUGAGCUGCAGGAACACACACAGAGUUUUCUUCUCAUUUUCAGGUCCAAUAGUCAGUUUUAGAGUAAAACUCGGUGUAAAUUGCUCUGUAAGCUCAGUUUUAGUGAUCGUGUUGUGGCCGCACUAUGGUCUCGAGCGUUUUGUGGAUCUGGGCUCGGAUGCUGGCGCUUAUGUGCCUCCUGGUGCCAGGCUCUGGGUAUCUGUUGCUGCGUGAAGGAGAAAAAUGUGGAGGCUGGGUCGAGGGCGGGUGCGAGUCCGGUCUCCUCUGUCAGUCUGAUGAACCCUCAUCCGAUUUCUUCUACGCUGAAGGAGUGUGCACCAGGCCUGUAGGUUGUAACUGCUCCGAGGUCCAGUGUCCACCACAGCGCCGUGGUGGCUGUCGCAGCCGUCCAGCGAGCGAUCCGUGUGGGUGUUGUUCCCACUGCCCCAAGACGAAGGGGCAGGUGUGCGGUGGGCCGAGCUGGAGAUAUGGUUACUGUGAUUCGGAUUUGGUUUGCGCUCUUGUUGUGGGGCUUGAUUCGGUCAGACCUCCACAGAUAGGCGUGUGCAAAGCGGUUCCAAGUCAUUUCAAAGACACCUUCUCCAGACCUCUAUGUCCUGUUUGGUAUGGUUGCAACGUGCAUGUUGGAAAUUGUGACUGCUAUUCACAGCAGUCCUGUUUUCCAGCGUUCUCAUAUAGCACCUACGACGCCUGCAAUAAAGUUCUAAUGGAAUUCUUGACGUAUGACGUUUAUGACAGCGACGCAAAAAAGCCUCCCAAACCAGAGAAACCUGCACAUGUGUGUAUGGAGUGGGGUUGUGAGGUUCAGGACUGCGAGUGUGUGUGUCAGCAGAGAAAGUGCAACGACAGGAUACCUCUGUACGAGGAAGCCUGCUGCAACAUGCUGAAGGAAUCUGGGUGCCGUAAUGCGUCCUGUCCUGAGAUUCCCACUCCACCGUGUCCGGAAGACUCCUUCAUUAGUGAGCCUCACACUGAUCCCGGUCAGUGCUGCCCUGUUGUGCCUGCUAUGUGCACCUGCAACUUCCAGACCUGCGCUCCAAAACCCACAUACUGCCCCAACCGUGGACUUCCCAAACUUGUCGUAAAGGGCAACGGACACCCAGGGACCUGCUGCGACCUUUACGAGUGUGUGAAAGAAGGAGAUUAAUUAGGAUUAACACUCACAGGCCCGAACCCUUGAUCUCUUUUGUUUCAAACCUUUAACCUCUUUUUCUUUUUCUCAUUCAAACAUGAAUAGCUUUGUAUUUGUCUAAAAAAAUCUCAUUUGAGUAAGUACAAACAAGAAUUGUUUAUAAAAUUGUAUAAAUUUGAUGAAAACAUUGGAAAAGUGCACCGCAUCAUCCGAGACUGGGACUGAAACCUUCUGCAUUAAUGAUUUACAGCAAAUCUCUGGUUCUGUUUACCUUUAACUGACCUCAUCAUCUACUUAAUUGUUGUGAAGAAUUGUUCAGUCAUUAAAUCUUCAAUGGUUACUGUAGGAGACAGAUGUCUUAUUAUAGCAUAUGUACUCUAGUUAAAUCAUUUAUCCCAAUGUAUUAAACAAAACAUUUUAUACAAUUCAAUAAAAAAGUAAAAUGCAUUGCUCAGAAA